AUACUUUUGGCUCUCUAGGAUUAAAAUCCGCAGGAGAAAAUCUAAAAUAUUGGCGAUCACACAUCUACGGAAACUUUGUGAGUUACUUACUUCCGAUAUCUAUUUUAUUAGAACAAUUUUUUAUUUAUAAAUUUAUUUUAAAAGAUUUCAAGUUUGCAAAAGUCAUGUAGCUUGGGGUACAUUUUAAUAUAGCGAAAUGUAGAUAUACGCAAGCCUUUACUAUCCUUUGAUGAAUAUCAUCGGUACACAUCUAUUAUUAUUUUGUCGCAAACGUAUAGAAAAAGAUAUCCGAGUCCAUGAGGCAUAUAUAUUCUUGAUUAGUCUUAUCCAUCAGAAUCAAUUUAGUCAAGUCCGUCCGUUUGGCAGUCUAUUCUCUUAGGCUUUAAGCUAUUGUCACGAAGCUCUGCAUAGGUCUGUCUUUCUGUUGGGCAUAUAUAUAUCGAAAUCGGCCAUAUCGACUCACUAUAUCAGAGUGCUCCUGUAGCAGCAAAUAAACUUGUAUGACAAAUUUUACUUAUAUGUCAAGAUAUCUUAACCAAUCUUGUCAUUUAUAAGUUCCGGGGUGUUUCUUGCAUGUAGGCCAAAUCUUAUGAGCAUAGGACAGCUAUAUAUAAGAAAGCCUCUAUUAGACGCCUCCAAACAGAUAAAGUAAUAUAUCAAGAUCAACAGCCGAGUAUAUAUAAUCAUGUCCGUCUGUACUUAUGUCUGUUCGUCUGUCUAUUUCUAUGCAAACAAGUCUCUCAGUUUUGGGGCUAUCGUCUUGUUGCAGGACUAUAUUAUAUAGCUGUCAUAGGAAUGAUCGGUCGAAGUAGCUUCUUGUAUGGAAAACUAUUUUGUUUACAAAGAUAUCGGCGCCAAACUUAGCAUUUAAUAGUUUCACUAUGCUCCUUCAUAUAUGGAAAAUCCUAUCAAUAUCGACUUACUAUAUCGUAUAACUACCAUAGGACAGAUGGGUCGAAAAUUAGGUUCUUGUGUAAAAAACUUUUUUGCUUAUCAAGAUAGCACAACACGACUUGGCUUUUGCAACUUCUAGUAUGUUUAACAUACAUGAGCUAAAUCUGAUCAAUAUGGUAUUGCUAUAUCCUAUAGCUCUAUAGAAAGAAUCGGUCCAAAGAUAAAAUCAGCAAUGAACUAUCGUUAUAUUAAUUCUCCUCACAUAUCCGUAUAAUCAACAGCCGUAUAUCUACUAGAUUUUUAAACAGUCGGCGUGCCGAGAAGCAACGUUCUAUUUUAUUUGUUUUUCUAAUGGAUUUGUAUCUAUGCCAACUUACUUACAAGAUGGUAAGGUCCGGAACUAGGUUGUUUAAGUGUCAUAAAUACAAGCAACUGUCAGCAAUUGGAUCAAUUAGCAUCCUUUGCCCUUUAAAUUAAGCAAAAUUGUGUCAUUUUGGCAUUAAUUUAUUAAGUGCUCACUCGUGUCAACAAUUUACCCGCAAUGGGAGCACAUAUCAUAACAAACCUGCACGUGGCAAUUGGGAAGCGGCAAGCGGCAGCCACUUAAAGCCACAAUCCCAACCGCGUGUGUAUCUUUCGCGUUUAUACACAUGCAGCCACUUGAGCCAGUUGUGAAGUGGCUUAUGCCACAAGCUCUCCAGCCCAAUUCGGUGGCACGUGCCGCCGCGUGGGCCCUGGGCGGGAGUAUUUGUGGCAUCUUUACAGAAGUGUCGGCACACGUGGCGGUAAUUCGUUUAGCGACAGGCGUAAGCUCGCAAUGAUUAUUGCGGUUUAAGCUGAAAAGAAAGAGUUGCUGCGAGCUGCGAGUUGCAAUUGAUAUUAAGUGGGCACAAGAUGUGCCACAAUCAAUGUUGCGACAAAGGCGCACUGAUAAGAGAAAGUGCACGGCGCUUUGAACUCUGUCGCUGAUCCUCGCGGCCAGACGAGGCCAGCGAGAUAGACAAACAGACAGACAGAGCACUCAUCCUUCCGAUUGGCUUACGUUCAGGCGUAAAAAAUGCUCGUGUUUUAACUGGCACUGGUAGUUGCUGGUGUGUGUGUGUGUGUGUCCGUGUCUGUGUAUGUGUGGGUAAAGCAACCCCCUGGGCUAGAGCGAACGGCAAUCACGGCGCGCAUAUCUUUUGGGAUUUGUGCCAUGGCGCCGCCAUCGUCGCGACCGACGACAAUGCGCCGAGGGUUGUUGCCGCCUAAAUCAGCGGGCUUACUGGGCAGCUCUGCCGUGCUAAUGGCUGAACAUAAAACCGGUGCGCACUCCUGUUCAGCUUUUAGUUGGUGCGGGCACGCGAAACGGUUAAGGCUACAAAAGAAAAAAAAAAAACACAUACGCGAGCGUAAUGCGUCUGGUUUGACAUUUAGAGACCGGCACAGAUACAGCUAAAGCUAGAGCUAGAGACAACCACAGCUACCCACGCCGAGCUCAACAUGGCCGCCUGCUACAACGCCUACAAUCCGACGCAAUCGUUUGAGUUCGAGGAGGAUGAUGACGAUGAUGCCUCAUUCGAUAGCGGCUACGAGAAGAGCUUUGAGACGAUUGCGAAUGCGAGCGCGCGGCGUCGUUUGGACUUUGCGGAGCACUACAAUAGCACGGCCAAUGCCAGCGGCACGUCGCCGGGUCAGGCUCAAGCGCCGCUUAUGUAUGCCGGCGCCUGGGAUAUGCAGCUGAAUUCGCCGCCAGCGGCAACGGCUGGCUUUGUGGGUCUGCUGGACAACAGUAGCAAUCACAGCACGCGCAGUGGCCGCACCCUGGUGGAGCAUCUGAACAGUCGCGCCGCAACGACGGGCGCCUUUGAGCCGCAGCUGACGAGCACGCCGGUCAAGUCGCCGGAGGAUCCGAAUGCGCCGCGUCCGAAACGCAAAUAUGCCGUCGGCAAGAAUCGUGUCACUCGGUCGCGCAGUCCGCUGCAGGUGGUGCGCAUCAAGAAGUUUCGACGCAUGAAGGCCAACGAUCGGGAGCGCAAUCGGAUGCAUACGUUGAACGAUGCGCUGGAACGGCUGCGCGUGACGCUGCCCUCGCUGCCGGAGGAGACCAAACUGACCAAGAUCGAGAUACUGCGCUUUGCGCACAACUACAUCUUUGCGCUCGAGCAGGUGCUGGAGAGCGGCAACACCAUCAAUCUCGACUUGGAGAAGCUGCAGAACUUUACGCUAAGCGGGGAGCGCAUAACCAAGGAGCUAUUCGAUGCGCUCUUCGUGAAUCCGCAGCCGUUUCCCAUGUUUGGCAGCGGGCGCAUCUUUCCGUAUGGGCCGCAUCAUCAGACGCCGCCAGCGAUGCACUAUCAGCCAGCUCAGGGAGUGGAUUAUCAGACGGCACAACCACCUGGCUUUGAUCUGGGCAGCAGCAUGCGCUACUACCAACAACAACAACAGCAGCAGCAGCAGCAGCCGGAGCUUAGUCCACAGCCCACAGCUUCAGCUCAGUUUUCCCAGGAGAAAUACGAUCUGUUUCGCAGCAACUUUGAGGCAGCUGCCAAUGGAACGCCAUUGUCAGAGUCGGGUCUGCAUCAACAGAGUAGCUUCUAUACACAAACGCCGCCCUGGAAGGAAUACCAGGAGGAUCAACAGCUACUCUACAAACAGUUUACCCACCAGGUAUAGCAUAGUUUUGCGGGCAUCUAUAUGGUGUCAGUCUUCUCUGGGUGAUAUGUUCGACAAUGUGCAGACUAUAACGACACUGCCACCUGGAAAUUGGAAUUGAGAAUUGGCUGCUCUAGUGACUCACUUUUGUUUAAGUCAAAUAUCAAAAGUCAUUUGCUUAGAGCAGCUGGCCAACAUGCUCACAUUUCCAGGUCUCACUGCCGCUGUGGCUAACAAUCAGUUGAUAUUUUGCAAUAAGUGUACACAAAAUUUUGAUUGCUGAGGCCAUGCUAAGCUGGCUGGCCUCAAUAAUCGAUACGAUUAAAUUCAUUUAGUGGGUAACACAAACGACAAAUCAAUUUGCGCUGCUUAAUGUCAGAGUUCAAAUGAAAUGCAGUUGCAAAUUCACUACUGAUUCAUGCAUGCCUGGAAUGGGUUGCUUGUUUGUGGCACUCGCUAGUGGACUAUUAAAACUAAAAGUGCAUUUUUUAAUGAAUAUAUUAUAAAAUGCACUUGUGGCUUUUAAUGGCUAAUACAAUUUGCUUUAUAAUAACAUCGGUUGUCCAUGUAAAUUAAGUAAGAGCAUCCAUGUACCUUGCCAUAUAUAUUUAUAUAAACACAAUCUAACUAAGAAAGCAGCCUAGCCAUUACUAACACACAUGCUUAACGAGUUUUAAGCGUUAGCUAAGAUUUAGUUUCAGGCUUAGUUAGUUGGGUUGGGUUAACAUUGCAAUGCGAUAAACGAGGGCUAGUCAUUUUUGAAGUCAGGCUUAAUAUAUACUAUAUACAUUACGUGUUAAGAUGAAUUUUAUGUAAACUAUUACAAUUUAUUUUUGCUAAAUAAAGUUGAUGAAGAAAAACCCGAAACCCGAA